AUGAUGCAAAACAUAUCAAUUUCAAAUUUAAUUGAUACUACUAUGGCAAACAUUGACUGGUCCCAGUCUCAUGAAGAUAUUAAGAAAAACAUAUCAAAUGAUUUAAGAUCUCAACUCUUUUCAAUCAGGGAAGAUGAAAAAAAUGAAUUGAUUAAGUGUCAAACUCAUUUAAUAAGUAGCCAAAAUGAUUUAAUAGCUAGUAUGAAGAAGAUUAACGUGAUAGAAGAAAGUCAACGUCGACUCAUUAUGUCUUAUAAUGGUUCGAUUCAAGCCGGUACAUUUGCCAUCGCACGUGCGCUGAUUGAAGGGCGAUUAAUACAAGUGGAGCAGGACCUGUAUUAUUCUUUCGAAGCAUUACGGGGAUAUUAUACGGCGGACUCUAUGACAUUGGAUCAACCUUCGAAUGAUCCGAAAAUAUUUCUUCGUCAACUUCAACAAUCAGAUCUAUACCACAGAGCUGAUAUGCAACGAGGUAUUCUCUCUUUGCAACAUUUAAUUGAGUUAUCGGAUAGAAGAGGGGAAAAGAAGAAAAAUAUGUUAUUGGGAUUUAUUCGUGAUGAUAUUCAAUAUUAUUUUGUAUCAUUAGAUGGUGAAGGACAAAAUGGAAUUAGUGCUACAGUCGAUCAAAUAAAAGAAGCAUUUUCAAGCAUUUAUGAUAAGUUAUCCACUGUAACUCAUGCAUCCAGUAUUUACCGUGGGGAAGCGCUGCCUGUGCCAGCCUGUAUUCCUGGAAAAUGGGAGCAAGAAGAUGCAUUGGCUUUAGGAAAUUUCUAUAAAUUUUCGUUUCCUGAAGUUAAAUAUCAAUUGGUUUACUCAUUGACAUUGACACCACCAGCGAGUGAAUAG